AUGGACAUAUGCCGUAUUAAUCAAUGGAGUGGCAAUGCCCAACUGCAUUUUCCUAACACUCGCAUUUAUUCCAAGUUUGGCCAACUGUAUUUAUUUGCUCAAGGAAGGAGGAAGUAACUCAACCCAUAAGAGCAAGAGCUCACAGCCAUCUUUGUGAAUUCUUAUUUGUGAGUGAGAGCUUCCCCUUUCACACCCAGAUUAAUGGAGGCCUGUUUCUAUCAACUCCUAAAAUCUCAACCCACAUGGCUUCUUCUUCUUCUAGCUCUGGGCUUCCUCAAACUCCUCGCCUUUUCUGUAUCCAUCCUCAAAUGGGUGCACGUCAAUUUCAUCCGGCCCGGUAAGAACCUCAAGAAAUACGGGUCGUGGGCUCUGGUAACCGGACCCACCGACGGCAUCGGAAAGGCAUUCGCUUUUCAGUUAGCUCGCAAAGGGCUCAAUUUGGUUCUGGUGGGUCGGAACCCGGAGAAGCUUAAAGACGUUUCGGAGUCCAUAAAAGUGAAGCACGGGCAGAUCCAGAUUAAAAGUGUGGUGGUGGAUUUCUCCGGCGAUUUGGACGACGGCGUCCGGAGAAUCCGGGAGGCGAUUGAGGGGUUGGAUGUGGGAGUACUGAUCAACAACGUGGGAGUUUCUUACCCGUACGCGAGGUUUUUCCACGAGGUGGAUGAGAAGCUGUUGGCUGAUCUGAUCAAGGUCAAUGUGGAAGGAACUACUAAGGUUACGCAGGCUGUUUUGCCUGGGAUGCUCCAAAGGAAGAAAGGGGCUAUCGUCAACAUUGGUUCAGGGGCAGCCAUUGUUAUCCCUUCUGAUCCCCUUUACUCUGUUUAUGCCGCCACCAAAGCAUACAUUGAUCAAUUUUCAAGAUGCCUCUAUGUCGAGUACAAAAAAAGUGGGAUUGAUGUGCAAUGCCAGGUACCCUUAUAUGUAGCAACCAAGAUGGCCUCAAUAAGGAGAUCAUCCUUCUUUGUUCCAUCAACAGAUGGUUAUGCUAGGGCAGCCUUGGCUUGGAUAGGUUAUGAACCGAGGUGCACCCCUUACUGGCCCCACUCUCUUCUAUGGGCUCUGGUCUCUUUGUUGCCCGAGUCCGCAGUUGAUGCUUGGCGCCUCAAGUUUUGCCUCGCUGUUAGGAAGAGAGGCCAGCUUAAGGACGCCCGCAAAACUGAUUAGGAGUCACCAACCCUAAGCACUCUUGUUUUAGUUUCAUGUACUGUGAUGUUCUCUGUUAUCUUCAACUUUUGUAGUUUAAUUUUUAAGAGUUUGCUUUAUAUGAAUGAUCUUUUUUCAAAUGAUCUUGUUCAAGAGUAUAAUACUUAAACUAUUGGAAAGUGGAAUUACUUUUUUUAUAAAAAAAGAUAUGUUCACACAAGAGGUAAUUUUUUUUAAUCGUCAACUAACCUU